AUGUCACUGGAGAAGGAAUUGGACAGCGUCGAGUCGGUUUUGCAAAAACUGCCCGAAAAUGACGCCAAAGAAACCUCCAGAUUGCUCUACGGAACCGGCGUUAAGGAUUUGGAGGUGUCCGAGAAGUGCAUGAAGCUGGUGUCGCGGUACAAAAUGGAGCUGGUGAAGUGCAAAUUCGACCACAAGGAGGAGCAACUGCGGCCGGCGAGGCCGGUGAGGGUGGCGCUGUUCCAGCAAAAAUUGCCGGUGCCCCUCACGUUUCCCAUUUACAAAGUGAAAACCGAAAUGUACACCAUGGCCAUGGACGCCAUAAAAAUAGCCGCUAAGGGCGGCGCGAACGUGUUUUGCUUUCAACAGGCUUGGAAUAUGCCGUACGCGUUUUGCAGCGGGGAAUCGAUGCCUUGGAGCGAAUACGCGGAAAAAGCCGAGGAAGGUGCCACAACAAGAAUAUUACAAACGCUGGCGGUGGAAAACAACAUGGUAAUCAUUUCGACGAUACUCGAGAGAGACGAGAAUUUCGAAGACAGAAUCUGGAACACCUCCGUGGUCAUAGACAAUCACGGGAUAGUGCUCGGCAAACAGCGCAGAAAUCACGUACCCGUGGUGGAGAAUUCCAACGAACCCACCUAUUACUGCGAGGGGGACAUCGGACACCCCGUUUUCGAGACCGAGUUCGGAAGAAUCGGCGUAAAUAUUUGCUACGAGCGCCACUACCCUCUCUGCUGGCUGGCGCUAGCUCUAAAUGGCGCGGAAAUUGUGGUCAACCCGUGCGGAGCACUGGGACCUGAAGCCGAAGUACUGUGGAACAUCGAGGCCAGAAACGCGGCCAUAGCAAAUGGGUACUACGUGUGCGCUGUAAAUAGAGUCGGGAUGGAAAUAUACGAGCACGAGUACGAGGACGAGAUGGGGAACAUCGUGCACCAUCGGGACUCCGGGGCGUUUUUCGGGUCCAGCUACGUGGCCGCUCCCAACGGAUCCAGGUCGCCUGGAUUAUCGAGGACGAAAACGGGCGUCUUGAUUGCCGAAUUCGAUCUGAAUUUGUGCCGGCAGGAGAAGGACAAAAGAGGAUUAGGAUUAACGCACAGACUGUCGUUGUACAAAGACUUCUUAUCGAGAAUAACUUCUACGAAUUUCGUUCCGCAAAUAGUGAAGAAACAUUGCCAGUGCCAGGAUAAAUGA